CUAUACUUACCUGCUGUGUGCAGUGGUUUUGCACAGAGCAGCCCAGAUCCUCCUCUUCUCAGGUCCCCCGCAGGCUCUCCUGUCUCCUCCUCCUGUCUGUCGGGUGCCCCCACAGCAAGCAGCUUGCUAUGGGGGCACCCACUGCUCUGUGUAUCCAUUUACACAUGGAGCUGCGCCAAUGAGGAGGCAGAGACCUGGGACAGCCGAGGCUGUCAUUCACAUCGUUGGAUCCUGAUGAGGCUGUGGUAAGUAUAAAGGGGGCUGGGGGCACUGCUGCACACAGAAUGUUUUUACCUUCAUGCAUAGCAUGCAUGAAGGUAAAAAACCUUGAGCCUUUACAACUACUUUAAGUAGUA